UUAGCCAAAACUCACUGAAAGAAGAAGAUCCAGGACCAGCGACAAGGGAAGAGAUUGAACGAGGACUUUGGUAUUUUGCUGCCAUGUAGUGGAACGUACUGCUACUGAGCUAACUCACAUAGCAGCUGACUGGUUUGUUGUGAAUAGUUCUCUUUGCUUAACGUUAUAGGGAAAAUGUCUUGGUGGAAGGGAUCUGGAUUCUCCGUUAUCACCUUAAUUCCCAUAAUAAUUAUUCUGGACGCUGUCGUGGUCGCUGAGUCCAAGGUAUCGCACAUGAACUACCAGGAUGUACGCUGCAAAUGUAUCUGCCCACCAUACAGAAAUUUCUCUGGCAAUAUAUACAACAGAAAUGUCUCUCAGAAAGACUGUAACUGCCUCCAUGUAGUGGAUCCUAUGCCAGUGCCUGGUCAUGACGUGGAGGCCUACUGCCUGCUUUGUGAGUGCAAGUAUGAGGAACGCAGCAGUAACACAAUCAAGGUAACCAUCAUCCUCUACCUGACUGUGGUGGGCGCCCUGCUUCUCUACAUGGUGUUCCUCCUGCUCGUGGAGCCGCUCAUCCGUAAACGCGACCUCUACACCCAGCCCUUACACAACGAGGAGGAGGCUGAGGAGCCUCCGUCGGCGGUGGACAGGAACAACACGAUGUUGGAGCGGGUUGAAGGGGCGCAGCAGCGCUGGAAGAAGCAGGUCCAGGAACAGCGCAAGACUGUCUUUGACCGCCACAAGAUGCUGAGUUAAACUCGGUUCGCUUAUCUCAGAGCAGGUCAACACACCUGGCCGUCAACAGCCCCACAAGUAAUAACUGUCUGCCACUGCUUUUUAAUGACGUAUAUUUUAGAAAAGAUUAAUGUUUGUUUGUAUGUUUGCUAACAUUCAUGUAAUAUGGCAGUUACUGCAAUUAGGGUUACGGAACAGCAUUUACAUUACAUUAUGUUCCAGAGACAAAAACAUACAUUUAAAUAUAUUAGUUAAAGAAAAAGUGUACAAAGUUGAGUCAUAGUUGCAACAGACAGUAAAUCAAUACUAUAGUAACAUUUUACUAUAAUUUGCAAAUGACAAGAACGCAAGGUAUCAAAAUAUAAUACCUUGCUUGAAACCGUUAAAUUGUUAUGAAUAAAUUCAGUUUAUCAGCAAUAUUAGGCAAGUAACAACUUCCAAAGGGAAAAGUCUAGUGGCGAGGGGUGGGCAUAACGCAACAGUGCAAUAUAAAACAAUGUGGCCAUGGUAUAUACUGGAUCGUCUGCUCCGAGUUGUGCUGUUAUUGAAAGAUAAUGAUCUUUGCAGGGUUAGCCUCCACACGUGGCCCGUCUUGUACAUUAUUAUCCGUGUGUGGUGCGUUGGCUGGGGAUAAGGGGUGUGUCUCAUCCAUUACAUGUAAUGGGAUCACCCAGCAUUGUUUCUUAUGGCCUUUAACCCUAUGUUCUGUCAAGUUGCCAAGGGUCAGGUAAACUUUUUUGUUCACGGUCAAUACACUGAUGGAGGUAACGGCACCCUACUUGGCGAGAAGCUACUGCAAAGCAAUGCCCAUCUCUGUUCGAGAUGGCCUGUGUGUAGUGUGUUUAUUGGGCAUGCCGCUUGUGGUUUGCUUGGUAUGUUUUGAUAUUAUUUUCCCUCACCAAUGUGUUUUUCUAGCUUGUAUAGUGAUUAACCUUAGAGCAGUGCUUUGGGGCGUCAACCGUACGCUUUAGUGGCUCAUGAGAGUGCUUGGCUGUGUGUGUCUUUAUGUCAUUGCACUCGCUCGGACACCGUACUACUGAAACUUAAAGAAAGGCUGGAACCAUGCUUUAUCACACGCAGUCAUAGGUCAUACAUUUAUGGUACAAUUUAUUUAUAUCGUUUUGUUUCUUUGCCGUACAAGAGUUUGCACAUUUUAUAUGUAAUUUAUUAUUAAUUAUAAUGUUGUUAAAUGUGGCACCAGUUGGAUUUUAUUCGGACUGUCAAGUGUUCUGUUCUCAUGUCUACACAAAAUAAAAAAUAAAGUGUUUGAGA